AUGGCUUUCAAGACUCUCUCUAGCAUCGUCCUCCUCGCUGCUUCUCUCCGCGUUGCCAAUGCCGCGCUCACCAAGCGUGUCACCUGUGCAACCGGUCAGGUUACAGCCCAUGCUCAGUGCUGCGCCUUGUUCCCCAUCGUCGACGACCUCAUCACCAAUCUUUUUGACGGCGGGGAGUGCGGUGAGGAGACCCAUGAGUCUCUCCGCCUGACCUUCCACGACGCCAUUGGGUUCUCUCCGACUCUUGGCGGUGGAGGAGCUGACGGCUCCAUUUUCACCUUUGCCGACACCGAGGUCAACUUCCCCGCGAACGCUGGUAUUGACGACAUCGUCGAUGCUCAAACUCCCUUCAUUCAGAAGUACAACGCGACCCUUACUCCCGGAGACUUUAUCCAAUUGGCCGGUGCCGUAGCAGUCAGCAACUGCCCUGGAGCACCACGUCUCCAAUUCCUCAUGGGUCGUCCAGUGGCCAAAGCUGCCUCGCCUAUCGGUCUCGUCCCUGAACCCCAAGAUUCGCUUGACAAGAUUAUACAGCGCUUUAAGGAGGUCAACUUCUCUCCGGCUGAAAUCGUAGCUUUGUUGGCUUCACACACCAUCGCAGCUGCUGAUCUGGUUGACCCGACGAUUCCUGGCACCCCAUUCUCAUCCACUCCGUCUAUCUUUGACACUCAGUUCUUCAUCGAGACCCAGCUCAAGGGCACUCUCUUCCCGGGGACUGCCGGAAACGAAGGAGAGGUCAUGUCGCCACUCAAGGGAGAGAUCCGUCUCAACUCCGACUUCGAACUCUCGCGUGACCCCCGCACGGCUUGCACUUUCCAGUCUUUCGCCGCCAGCCAGUCGCGCAUGACAUCCGCCUUCAAGGCUGCUAUGGCGAAGAUGGCCGUCAUCGGACAGAACACCAACAAGAUGAUCGACUGCUCCGACGUCAUCCCAGUGCCCAAGCCCCUCGUCGGAAAGCCGCAUCUUCCCGCCGGAAAGACCAUGAGGGAUGUCCAGCCUGCUUGCAACAUCAGCCCCUUCCCAGUCCUCACUGCCGACCCCGGCCCAGCCACCUCCGUUGCCCCAGUUCCUCCCUCGUAA